UCAGGAAUCGACCAAUCCUCAAUUUUUAAAUGUACCUACACUGGAGGGAUAUCAAUAUCCAGUUGAUGACAUGGUACCCCUUCAUGAUUUACUCACUAAUUGGGGCUUAGGGUUUCUUUUUCAAACUUUACUAGAUGAACUUAUCUGUAUGAAAGGUAUAAUAAUUAUGGAAGCUGAUCAAGCUUAUGAACUUCUAAAACAUUUUCCAUUAGGGAUAAGACUGUUGUUUGUAUAUAAUUUAAAAAAAUGGCAAAAAACUCAAGAAAAUGAUAUGAAGUCUACCAACACACCACAGUUGAAUUUAAAAGCCUCUACUAAUCAACCUAUUCAAUAUCAUCAUCAAAAUAAUAUUAAUAAUAUAAGUAUAAAUUUAGGAGAAGUAUUAAAUUCAUCAAACACUGGUUUAAUGAUACUUCAAUAUUAUAAGUCAAACCAAAAAUUGAAUGACGGUAUAAGAUCAAUGUUAGUAGAUACUGUAAUUAACUGGGUCAUCACUAAAAAGAUAAACAUGUCUGUGAACCUGGCAGAACAGUUGGCAAAUCAAUUAGUGUCUAUAUUUCCUACAGAAGUGAAAGAUUUGUAUUUUAUGAAGCACGAUUCAAAUAAAAACCCUAAGGGAAAAUUAUACGCUAAAUAUUAUAAUUCUAUAAGGCUUCUUAAGACAACAGGUUUAGUGGCAACAAAGUUGACUUCUAGAAAUCAAGAAAAACAUAGUGGUCGUAAGCAUUGCACAGAGUUUGAGCCGGAACAGAGUGUUCAAUAUGCAGUAGAUGAAAUAAAAAACAAUAAUAAUUUUUCAAAUUUUAAUGAUUUGGAAAAGUUGUGGAAGGAAACUGUAAAUUAUCGACUCAAUUCCAUUCAAAACACUAAUUCUACAAAAGAAAUAAUGGGAAUGUGGAAGCCUUACACAUUGCCUUAUGGGUUUAGAUUAGUUGACAUUGAUUUUAAAAAAUUGUAUCCAGAAUGCCCAGACUUUAUUAAUUCUUAUGAACAAAAACACAUCAAGGUUAAGGAACUCUUCGAAAUAAAAAUAAAAGAUAGUUCUAGUAGAAAAUUAUUUGAAGAAUACAAAAAUUCUUCCUGCAUCACAGAAAGUGGAAAAAAUACAGUUUUUUUUUAUUUACUACAUUCCAUAUUUGUACCUACUUCUAAGAAAGUAACAAGGGAUGGUAAUGGGAAAAAAAAUCAAAUUAAAUACUCAAUUAGAGAUUCCCAAGAUACAUUUUUUGUAUUCAAAAAUACAAUUGGCGAAAUUGAAGAAUAUAUUUUGCAUCUUGGAAAUGAAAAUAUGCCUAUUCAACCAUUCAUUCUUCUCGUUGGUACUCCAUUAAACCAUAAAGAAAUUAUUGUUUAUUUUGAUUCCAUAAAGUAUAGAAUGUUUAAUAUUUUAUCUGCAAUUGACAUAUGUUUUAAGAUUUUUCAUCUUUUUAACUUGGAAUAUCCACCUGCCAGUAGUAUUGUAUGGACAUUUAUACAAAAAUAUUUUUACUGUUUUAAUACAAAAUAUGACAAACCUUACCAUACUUUGAGCCAAUUUUUGUCAGAUAUAAACAAUUAAAUUAAAUACUUUUAUUUUCUUUCUUUUAUUCGACCAUUAAAAUCAUACUGGCAUACAUAGGUAAUUCUUGCCACUAUUCUCUAUAUAUUGACAAAAUAUGCCAACCAGGAUCUAACUAGAUUCUUUCUACAUUAUUAUAAAUUAUCAUAUUAUCCUUAUUAACUAUUACUCUUAGAGUUAUAUUUUAAGCUGUAUGUAUUUUUUUUAAAUAUAGAUUUAUAGAUUACACAUACGUUUUAUUGCUUAAAUAUAAUAAUAUAUACAAAUGUUGUUACUUCGUUAGCUAAAAAUUUGCGUUACUUUUAUAUUACAAUUUGAAUUUUUUUUCAAUUAUUAAUUUAUACAACAUAAGUGAUUUGAUGAUAUUGUUUUGAUUUAAUUAAGUUUCAUAUGUUACACAUGCAUUUUUUUAUUUGAAUUAAAUACCUAAUAUAAAUGUUAGUUAAAAAUUUGUUACUUUUAUAUUAUUAUUUGAAUUUUUUUUUAAUUACUUUUAUUUUAGCAGUACAUUUUU